AUGACCACGCUCGAGAACAGGGACUCAGAUCAAGCUGACCACGGCAUUGAUUCAAGAGCGUUGCCUGUAGUUGACAGUGCCUAUGAAGAUGAUGCCUGCGAAGACUUAGAAACUGACAAUUGUGACAUUUCAGAUGAUGGGCAAAAUGAUUGUAUUACAGACAAUUUUACAGCUAAGCGUUCUUCUGUGCCAGGGAAAAUUCGACUGAACAGACGACAGGAGAAGCGCUCAAAAGACAUUAAUUCUGACGAAAGAGAUGUGCUUCGUUUGCGAAUUAACAUGCGAGAACGCCAAAGAAUGCAUGAUAUCAAUUCAGCGUUGGACGGGCUACGGCAAGUUAUGCCAUACGGUCAUGGACCGUCAGUCAAAAAACUUUCCAAAAUGGCCACUCUUCUCUUAGCCAAAAAUUACAUCAUCACGUUGACGCGGUCAUUAGAAGAAAUGAAGAAAUUGGUGUGUGAGAUGCAACAGCGCUCGCACUCUUUCCAAAAAAUGUCGCCCAGAAGCCCACCAAGUAUAGUUUUGAUGCCAUCAGCAGUGGACUCGGGCAGUCAACCAGUAUCUAGGGAAUUGUUUCAGCCUCGAGCAACUUUUCCACCAGCUCUUGCAAUGAAUUUCACCGUUGGUCGCCUGCCUGCGGUCCACAUCCCGCCAUGUCCGUGUGCCUGCCAGCACUGCACCACUGCUACGGAAACGGCUGGUGACUUGUCCCCGGGAAAACAGCGAAAUUAG